CUUCGUUUGCACACCGAACGGCGUGGGUCUUGUCAGCAAAGUCCGUUGAAAAAAAAUUCGGAAUAUUCUUUUGUUCUAUGAGAAGUUCGCAUUAUUUAAACGUCAUUGAGUUUUAUGUUAUUAUUAUUUUUAAAAUUAUCUCUAUGCUAUUUCGGUUCGCCGUUUACAGAUUCGUUCCGUGUGUGUACUUUUCGUUUCUUCGUCAUUCUUGAGGCCAAAAAAUUAUGUUUUCUAGCGCAAAUGAAGAACCAAGAAGAAAGCGCAAAGGAAUUGCCCUGAGUGUGAAGCUGGACAUUAUCAAGCGCCUCAGAAAUGGGGAACGCAAUAAGGAUAUCGCUGUGGCGCUCAACGUGCCCCCGUCCACCAUCUGCACGAUUUACGGCCAGAGAGAAAAAAUCUUAAAGAUCGCCAAAGCUUCGGCCGCCGCUAGCCGCGACGCCAGCAAGGUCAUCUCCUUCACGAGACAGCCGCUGAUGGAGAAGAUGGAGAACAGACUGCUGGACUGGAUCCACGAGAGCCCGGACCACCCUGACACGUCAGACUUCUUCGUGAUCAGGGACAAGGCGCUGGAGAUCUACAGCGAGCUGAAGACGAAGGCGCUUGAUGAAGGCGACAAAAGCGUCGAUAAGGCACAGUUUAAAGGCAGCCACGGCUGGUACGUUCGUUUCAUGCUGCGGUGGCAGCUCCACAAAGUGAAGACUCCGGAGAAAGACGCUUGCGUCGUCUAUUACGACAUAGAUGCAGAAACGAGCUCUGAAGAAACAAGCGACAUUAAAGACUAUUUUGCUGCGAACUCGACCCAAUCCGUCACCCCGUUAUCCGAAAUCCCCCUCAGCUUGGGCACCAAACUGGCCAUCCUCGCGGAGCUGGACAAAGGCCGGACUGACCAAUUCGUCGCCAAGCUGUUCAGCGUGACCAAGAAGGUCGUCCGCUCCAUCCGUAUGUGCUCCGAGGAGAUCCGGUCUCAGGCGAUGGGUCAGAACCUGCUGAUCGCCGAGGACCGGCACCAGGAGAAAGUGGAGGAGUUCAUCAACGGCUGGAUCCUGACCAACGUGCCGGCCGACAAGCACGUCAGCGCCACGUUCGUCCGGCAGAUGGCCCAGAACAUGUACAAGAGCAUGGCUAAAAUGGCCGGCGAUGACCCCCACAAGUUCAGGGCGUCCAAAGUGUGGCUUGGCCAGUUUGUGGAGAAGUACGGGCUGAGCCACCUCACCUGGAUAGAGGAGAGCACCCCGACUUCCACCCCCCUGCCGCUCGUCGCUGAAACAGAGAUGGCUAAGACUGAUGUAGAACAAGACUGUAAGAUAGUAUCAGCAGUUGAGCCCCAUAAGUGUCUGUAUGAUGUAGGGCUUCCAGAUUACAAAGAUGGGCUCUUGAAGGACAACAUAUGGAAGGACAUUGCUAAUACCCUGGGCUUACCUGCUGAAAUUGUGAAGGCAAGAUGGCAUAAUUUACUAUCAGAUUAUCAAAAGAGUGUGUGGUCAGUAAACAAGAUCCAGGUUUUCAACAAGAUGGCUUUUCUCAAGCCACACCUCAUCCGGGAUGGUGGUGACCAGCCUGUGGCCUCUACAGAGAAGAGCUCCUUCAGCGUCAAGUCAGAGGUAUUGAGCAGUGAUGAGGAGUAUGCUGACACAAUUGAUAUGAACCCUUCAGACAUAGGUCAAGCCAACAUGAGCUUAGCAGAUGCCUAUAAGAGGUCGAGGUUCCCAUUAGUAACUUACGAGGACCACGAUGACAAGGCUGAUAAUGAGGAACUGGACAUGAAGGUCGAGGAGGAGGACUCACUCUUGCCGGACGAUCCUAACAACUCUGCAUCUGUCUCCUCAUUCCAAAUCCCACCCCUUGAAUCAUCAUGUACCGUAAACAAAUCAGUCGGCCCUGCGUCUCGGAAAAAAAAGGCUGAAAAAAAAAUGCUAACCUCUGACAUUAGUGGGGUAGAUCCUGACCUAGAAUAUUUUAAAGGUUUCCUGUCGUUGGUCAAAGAACUGUCAUCUAAAAGGAAACGACAGCUGUUUGCCACUUUUGCACAAGAGCUUUUCAGACAUCUAGAUGAGCAAGAGAAAGAGGAAACAGACUCCACAGAUAUAUGAGACUUACACUGCAUUGAGCGAAUCUACACAACAUCUGUUGUCUUCCACCUUCCACUGGCUUAAACAUUAAAAGUGUAGGAUGAAUUUGUUGGAUUAGUCAUCCCUAUUAUACAGUCGUAAUACAUAUAAUACAAAAUCCAAACAAAUUGAGUCCAAGGAAAUAAAAUGCUGGCAUCACUGUUACUGCAUUACAUGGCCCAUUGAAAACAUUCAGAAUUUUGUAGUGAUCAACUCAUCUCCAAAUAGCAAAGAUAUGAGCAUCAACAUUCCAUUUCUGAUACUGACGGGAUAUUGUGGUCAUAAGGUAGAACACAUGACUUCCAAAAGGCCCCCACAGUUUGAAUCCUGCUGUAAAUACUGUUUCCUUUCCUUUGUAGAAUAUUCUUGAUUCUAUCGAGAUAUAACAGAAAAGCACUCCUUGAAGCAGUUGAGAAAAAAAUAAUGUAAGAGUGGAUCACUGUAUUGACCACAACGACACCCUCAUAAACUUUCAUUCUUUUUCAUUAGGGUCUAGUCUUUCUUUGGUUCACUUAUACAUCUUUACUUGUGAAUGGAAAACUUAACUAACUGGGUAUGGGUCUCUGAGAUUAUAAGUUUUGGGUUAGGUGGUUAGAUCAUUCAUAGGUCAAAGGUCAGGCUGUACCCACCAUAACGUGCACGCUUUAUGAGGUAUUGAUAAAUUAAUUUAAAAAAAAAUUACUUUUCUUGUCUCGUCAACUUUAGAAUAUAAGAAUAAAUAAUUCACCCCAAAAUAUUAAAAAAAAUGAACAUUUCAGUCUUUCUUCCCUCCAACAUCCAAGUCACUUUUAACAAUGUGAAACAAUUAUAAAUUAUUAAUACUUGUUCAUAUUCUGUAUAUAUUAUUAUGUUUAUAAUAAAAUUGAAGUUACUGAUAUUAUG